AUGAUAUUACCAGACACUAACCUAGUGAAAGCAGUAGAGCUCUUCAACACUCCUUAUAACACUGGCGAUGGCAUUGCUGGCAUCGUCCGCUCUGUUGGUGCUAAUGUCUACGAGUUCAAGCCGGGUGAUCGUGUUGCUGCCUUUCACGAGAUGAUGACCCCGGGUGGCAGCUAUGCGGAGUAUGCUGUUGCAUGGCAGUACAUGACGUCUCACAUUCCAAAAAAUGUGAGCUUUGAGGAAGCUUCAACGAUCCCUUUGGCCGGUCUGACAGCUGCUGUUGGCAACUACUGUAAACUGAAUCUACCUGAGCCAUGGAGACCUGCGACUGAGAAAAUACCUUUCCUUGUCUACGGCGCAGCAUCAGCUGUAGGCGGGUUUGCAAUCAAGAUGGCGCGCAUGUCGAAUGUCCACCCCAUCAUUGGCGUGGCAGGAAUAGGGAUCCCAUUUGCUGAGUCGCUGAUCGACCCGUCUAUGGGACACGUGAUCAUUGAUUAUCGGAAUGGGAAUGAAGAAGUGCGGGCUGGCAUCAAAAACGCACUCAAGAAUGCAAAAGUCUCUGAAAUACACCACGCCUUUGAUGCUGUAUCAGACAACGGAAGCCAUGAGGACGUGGUUUCUGUUCUUGCGGAAGAAGGACAGGUUACAUGUGUUUCCUUUAGAAUAUACAGCCCCCAUGGAUUCACCUAUCCUAAGACCUACAAGUCUGCUGAGUUCAGCGCUGUAUCGGAUGCAUAUGGCAAGCACAAACAGGAGGGUUUCAUCUAUCUUCGGUGGAUGUUCCGGAUGAUCAUGGAAGGGAAAUUUGCUGCGCAUCCUCAUGAGAUCAUUCCUGGUGGUCUCGGGGGAGUAGGCGUAGGCCUACAGAACUUGAAAUCAGGCAAAGCAAGCGCGGUAAAGUACGUUUUCAACGUACCGGACACAAAGGGUUUGAGGCAGGUUUCAGAAAUAUAA